GAAUAUCUCAUUCAUUGAGAUUCUCGCUGCGCAAGGGUUCCGGGCGCAAAUAUAUCAAAUGGCAGAAACUACACAGAGAGUCACUCGCUCUCAGACGGGGAAAACUCCAAAAAAAGUUGACCGUCCAGAUUUUGUCGAGACUCCCGGUCGUCGUACAACACGAAAUCGCGCUUCAGAAACCCCUGACCCAGUCGAAGUCAUGUCUUCAACAUCUGCUAACCCCCAGUCUACCAAGGGUCGAAGGCGCAAGACGCCUCUGGCCUCGGUGGACGAAGAUUCGCAAGAGGCUCCGGUUUCAAGCAACGGACAUGCCAACGGACAUGCUAACGGACAUGCUAACGGACAUGCGAAUGGGACAGCGAAUGGGACAGCUAAUGGAAAGGCCACCAAUGGACGUGCUACGAAGGACCAGCCCAAAAUAAUUGACGGAUGGAUCGAAGGUUUGGAUCCCAAGAUCGACUACAGCGGAGAGUUCGAGUUUGGAGGGUCACUUGGCACAUUGUCGGCCAUGAUUGGUUUCCCACUGUUGAUGUACUACAUGUGGAUUGGCGCAACAUAUUACGAUGGAAAAUUCCCGCUUCCAAAAGAUCAAACUAUCCCGGAGUUUUUCGCGCAUCUUGGUCAUCUUGUCUACGAGGGAGCUUUCCCCUCGCUCAAGGCGUGGACGAUGUACUGGGCAUUCUUCGUCUUUGAAGGGAUCUGCUAUAUCACGCUCCCUGGUAUCACUUUGACAGGACGACCUCUUCCUCAUGAGGGGGGCAAGCAGUUACAAUACUAUUGCUCGGCUGUGUGGUCGUUCUAUGUCACUCUAGCUGUUGCGUUAGGUCUACAUUUCACCGGUGUUUUCAAGCUGUAUACCAUCAUCGACGAGUUCGGACCUCUAUUGAGUGUGGCCAUCCUUUCGGGCUUCCUGGUUUCAUUCAUCGCAUACUUUUCUGCCUUGUACCGUGGAGCCCAGCACCGUAUGACUGGCUAUCCAAUCUAUGAUUUCUUUAUGGGAGCGGAGCUCAAUCCGCGCUUGUUUGGAAUCCUCGACUUUAAAAUGUUCUUUGAAGUGCGACUCCCAUGGUAUAUCUUGUUGCUGGUCACUAUGGGUGCUGCUGCUCAUCAAUAUGAGCUAUACGGCUAUGUAUCCGGUGAAGUGUGCUUCCUAUUGAUGGCGCACUUUUUGUAUGCCAAUGCUUGUUCCAAGGGAGAGGAGUGUAUCAUUUCAACCUGGGACAUGUACUACGAAAAAUGGGGCUUCAUGCUGAUCUUCUGGAACCUCGCUGGUGUUCCUCUUAGUUACUGCCACUGCACAAUCUACCUCGCCAACCACCACCCUGACACUUACCACUGGGACCGAUAUGUCCUCACAGCCCUGUUUGCUGGCUACCUCUUCGUUUACUGGGUCUGGGAUACCGCCAACAGUCAAAAGAACCGCUACCGUCAAAUGGAACGCGGAACCACAGUCUUCCGCAACGCAUUCCCUCAACUCCCUUGGCAAACACUCCACAAUCCCGAAGUCAUCAAGACUCCUCAGGGAGGCACCAUCCUUGUCUCGGGCUGGUAUGGAUUGGCACGCAAAGUCCAUUACACCUGCGACCUCUACUUUGCAUUGAACUGGGGUCUCAUUACCGGAUUCAAGAGCCCGUUCCCUUGGUUCUACCCAGUGUUCUUUGCGUGCAUGAUCUCGCAUCGAGCCUGGCGAGACAUUCAGCGUUGUCGAGCCAAGUAUGGUGAAGCUUGGGUAGAAUAUGAGAAACGUGUUCCCUAUCUGUUUAUCCCAUACGUUAUCUAAACGUUAUCUAAACUAUGCUUAUAAGCAUAUAACUUUUCUUCUCCCCGAUUUCACAUAUCAAAACUUCGUCCUCCCCCUUUUUUAUAUCUUCUUGUGUAUACUACUCAAGCCUACCAUUAUUUGUUGCCUUAUUCUCAUCUUAAUCAACUUGAUCAUUAUUGUACGCAUAACCCAUCCAUCAUGGUUUUCUUUCUAUCAAACUCGGCCUGGUUUUUGUACUUUUAUGCACCUUUACACAUCAUAUUUAUUCCACCUGGGCUAUAUGUAUUCCACUCUGCCAUAUACAAUACCACAAGGUCUUCUGCAUCCAUGUAUGGCAUGGGCUUUCGAUUGUUUCAGAUAUUCCCCCAAUAUUUUAUACAUAUUGACAUCCAUGGAAUGUAUGACUACAAUCAUGGCCU